AUGCGGCGUGAAGCCUCGGCCCAGCGCGCGGACGAUUACAUUCAAGAACUCGCCUCUUUCAUUGACUCCGUGAGAGAUGUCGAGUACACACUCAUUAACGAUAUCAGAGAAACGAUCGAGGACGACGUGGCGGCGGCCGACCAGCGCUACAGCCUGACCCUCAUGGUCCUCAUCCUCGUCCUCGUCAUCUCGCCCGUCAUCAUCCUGCUCGUGAGGAAGGCCACGGGGCUCAUUCAUGAAUACGCCAAGAACUUAAUCAAGAAAUCAGGAGAGGUAAAACGCGAGAAGAGAAAGAGCGACAACUUGGUGUACCAGCUGUUGCCGAGGACGGUGGCCACCUAUCUCAAGCAGUCAAAGCAGGUCCCGGCAGAGUACUUCGAGUCCGUGACGAUCUACCUCAGCGACAUCGUCGGCUUCACCCGAAUUUCGUCCGAGAGCAGCCCCUUGCAGGUGGUGAUGCUCCUGAACGCCCUCUACAAGCAGUUCGACGCCAGUAUUGAGAAAUUCGACGUCUACAAGAUGGAGACGAUUGGCGACGCCUACAUGGUCGUUUCGGGAUUGCCCAAUCGGAAUGGGAGCAAGCAUGCAUCUGAGAUCGCUGACAUGGCCCUCCGGCUCCUCGACAUGGUGUCCAGAUUCGAGCUUUUGCACAAGAAGGGGGAGAUGCUCAGAGUGCGGAUCGGGCUGCACACGGGCACUUGUGUGGCAGGUGUUGUGGGAACAAAGAUGCCCAGAUAUUGCAUGUUUGGCAAAACGAUCAACACUGCACACUUCAUGGAGGGCAGCGGGCAACCCAUGAAGAUCCACGUCAGCGAGACAACCUACCGGAUGCUGGCGGAUGCUGGGUGCUACAACCUGGAGUUCCACCAAAGACUCGCCAUCGUGAGCAAGUACAGAAAGGAGGGAGAAGAGGAGGAGGAAAUGAACACCUACUGGCUUCUUGGGCGCCUCGGAGAGCCAUCUGGGCGUGGGCGUGUAGACGUUGCGCAGGACCAGACGCCCACCUUUCUCGAGUACGUGUCCGAGAGUGAGCCUGGCUACUACUCCAGGGCGACGGCCACGUCCAGGUUCUGA